AUGGAUGUUGAAGAAGACUUGUUGAUAGUUGACGAGGUCGGCGUCUCUAGUCAACAAGCAGGGCGUAGCGACGAGUCGACCGAGUCGCUUGUCCAAACCUGGACAGGCGAAGAUACGCCAGAAUUUUUACCAGGGCAGCCGGACAUCGUUCCAGAACUUGUGAAGCUUGCUGACGAACUCUUUGAUCAGCGACCAGAUUUGUUUGCCGUAGGUAACCAGCCAUCGAUGGACCUGUUUGCUGGUCUGGACGAACGACAGACAGAAAACGAUCAGCAACUGACGGAAACUCAAUCGAGCACGACGGCCACAACAAAAAGAAAAAGGAGGAAACCGACGAGGUGGGGACCGGAGCUAGAAAGAUGGAUGGUGGAAGUUCCUGAGUCUGGUGAAGAUCUAUAA